UCUUUCACACAGAGACCGUGGAGCUGCUUCGGAGGCGACACACAUGGACAUGCACCCCACUUCCACUCCCCGUUAGUUACAGCUUCAGUGCGUGUCCCCGUCUGGAUGGGUUUUUUUCGCUCUUCCUGUUUUUAUUUAUUUAUUUAUUUAUUUUGGUAGUUUCAUAAUUUUGCAAUAUUCUGUAAUUGUGGUUUUUAUUUCACAACCACCGAUCCAUUCAGAAACCUUCCUCACGUGCUUCCAGUCACAGGUUGCAUCCAAUCGCAUCGUGUCUCUCACUGCAGCGGAUAAUUGGUUUCCGCUCUCAAUUUUGCAUGUAUUUGGCUAGUUAGCCGGUGUGUGUUUCCCAGCGUUGUUCGUUUUCGUAGGCGUGUUGUAGAGGCGGAGAAAUUAGCAAGACAAGUUGUCUAGUGAGGAGUGUUAGAUUGAUCCAGGCAUCUUGUGCUCGCCGUGUGCUUCUGCUGGUGCUGUUGGCGUAGCAUUCCCGUUUCCGGGUUGGUGAGAAUUGAGUGAGAGCGAGUUAUAUAUAUAUAUAUGGGAGAGAGAGAGAGCGAGAGGCGAGGGUCGUAAUCGGGGUGGUGAUACAAACAGUGGGUAUUCUUUGGAGUUUCCGACUGGGUCGAUGGGAGCUGAAUUUUGGAAGGGUUGAAGAGGAGGAGCCAGUACUGGUGUGAAAUUUUAGCGUGGUAGUGCAGCGAACAAGGAAGGCGAAGGUCGUCGUGGGAAGCGUAAAGACACCAUGCAAUUGCCUGGGCAUCAAAACGAUAGCGCCGCUUUGAUUGGGAGCAAGCCUCAAUGCUCCCCGAACGCCGCUCUCAGUGGGGGCAGCGACGCGCCCGCAAGCCCAUCCUCCCCUGGGUCCCCAACCAAGAUCGCAAACGCGACGCGCGAGAAGCCAGCGAAGGUGAUUCCAUGCCCGCGCUGCGAGUCCAUGAACACGAAGUUUUGCUACUACAAUAAUUACAGCGUGACGCAGCCGCGCCACUUCUGCAGGCAGUGCCAACGAUACUGGACCGCAGGAGGGACGCUCCGCAAUGUGCCCGUUGGAGGAGGCUCCAGGAAAAAGAGCCGCCACCCGCGUGGAGGCGCCGCGGAGCCUUACUUGCAGCGAGCAGGAUCAUAUGGGGUUGCAAGCGCCGGGGAGCACAGUAUUAUGCAGAAUGUGGGGUUCCAGCAGAUGUUAACGCAGGAUAUGGUUGGGUUGAACUUCGCUCAGCUGCCAGGAUUUGUGCCGCCGAAUACCCAUCAUUAUGUUCCUUGCUCCAUGGAUCACAGCGACGGUGUAUACGCACCUAUGACGAACAAGCCUCCUGGGCAAGAAGAUCUGUCCAAUCUUAAUGUGUUGUAUGGAACCGCGCCCAUGGGAGGAUACUAUCCAGCCCCUGAGAUGGGUGGUGAGAAUUCGGGUAACGCUGUGAAACCGGAGUUCUGGGCGACUAGUAUGGCUGCACCGCGGGUUGUGGUGCCGGGGAGCAAUCCCAGCAGGGAUGGACGACUGGAUUCGUCCAUGCUGUUGAAUUUGGGUCUGAAUAAUCGAUCUCCUACGCAAGGAGGAGGGAACGGGAAGCCCAUGUGGGAUCACCAAGACUUGAAGCCCGCCCUCCCGCAGCAGAAAAAUGGAUCCCCACCGCACGGCUCUAGCACGAUAGAGGAAGAGGGGAGUACUCCCACGAACGGGUACUCGAAUAACAGAUACGAGGAGGGCGACACUGUCUCAUCGAUGUGGCACGACAUGCAACACGACCUGGACAACAUAUUUCAGUAAAGACGAGACCAUGUUUCGGAGUUUGUCAGGGUUCCUUUGUUUGUUGGUCGCGAGAGCUGAGAGUUAGAGGCCUCGUGGCGAUUUAUUCUUUGGAGGGAGCGAUAUACCUGUAAAUUGCACUUUCUCUGUACAUCCCCCCCCCCCUUCCUUUUCCUUAAAAAUCUUUUAUCUAGGUUUUGAAAUCUUCUUGUGACUACCUUGCAAGAUGUGAUCUAUCGAAUGUUCAAACACGGAUUUGUGAAUAGAGAACUGAGUUAGAGAACUGCGCCUUGAAGUCCUUCGAGUUAGCGGCAUUGACUACUGAUGCGAUGUUCUCUCUCUUUCUCUCUCUCUCGCGCUUGUGAUCGAAUUGUGCAUGUAUUUUGUA